AUGUCCACCAUCAACGUCGUCAAGUACUACUUCUUUAGAUUGAACAGACCGACGGACACCAGAAUGCGCCAACUCGUUGCGCUGGCAUACCAGACUGCCAGAGACCGGGAGCUCUACCCCAAGGCGGUUUUCAUAAGGAGCGAAGUUCACAACACGACUACGAUCAACGGCAGGCGUCAGAAAGACCCCAAGGGCGAACAUGUCACUUUCAGCUACAAGUCGAUCGAUCACCUUGGGCGCGAGACACAUGUAUCGUGUCACGGCUAUGUGAACAACGCAAAAACCCUAGAGUUCAGGGAGGCCACUCAUGCCCCUGAGAAACCUGACUCUACCUUAAAGAAAAACGGCAAAGAGGUCUGGCCAGAUAAUGACGAAAUUUGGGAGGCCCCGGAGGUAGGAUAUGGUCACCUGUCGUGA